AUGGAUGAAGUUCUAGGUCUGCAUCACCUGCGCACCACUUACGCAAAGGAGAACCUCGCUCGCGUGUCGAGUCUCAUCGGCGAGCCGUACCUGGACAAAGCACUCGGGUACAUGGACGAGGUCGUUGAGAUGCGCAAGACGCGGCAGGGCAAAGAAGCGCCGUGGACCCUGAUGGGGAUGGCAAGCAAGGCUGUAGUACUGUGCGCGCUGGGCAGGACGCAGGACGCCGAACGCAUCAUGCUUGAGAUCCUGCCCAUCGCGGAGCGCAAUUUCGGCAAUGACCACGUCGGGAUGCUCUUUGGACGGCAGGUUCUGGCUACUAUAUUCAUUCAACAGGGCCGCUAUGCCGAGGCGGAGAAGGUCCUGCUCGAGGUCGCCGACAGCCAGAAGCGCAUGUCGUCGCGGCGCGGCGACUACCACCCAGACCGCAUCGCAACGCUCAUUGAGCUGGCGCGGUGCUACCAGCUACAGGGAAGGCUGGACGAGAGCAUCGUGAUCUGCGACGACACGAUUCAGGGGCUCGAAAGCAUCAGUGUAGUGCGGCAGCCCUUUACAGAGACGAUGGUCGCUGCACGUGCGAAGGUAGUGGAGCUGAAGGAGGUAAGGGGAGCUGACGGCGCUGAGUCUUCUGGCACUGCCGGGGCGGAUAUCAAGUUUCCGGAGCAUUUGUUUAGGGCGCCUCGGACGGCGGUGCGGGACACUUCUUCUGAGUAA